AUGUGGGUCCCACCACGAAAACAAGUCUUGGCAUUUCGCUGCAACUAUGUGCGAUUUUUCGACAAAAAAUCAUUCUCGGAUGUUGCCCUUCGAAACGUGACCUGCGCGACUGAUCGAGUGGACUAUGUAAGUCAAAUUUGAUAUUUCUAGUAAAUGUAAGUGUAUAUUCGGGACAUUUAUGCUUAAUAUUGUUUUUCAGGAUUUAUUGAUGAUGAACAGCAAGAGAGAACGUUUCUGGAGGUGUAGAAACAUUUGGACGAUGGGAAGUACCGGAUAGUAACAAAAAACAGAGGAUUUUUAAUUCAGAAACAGUAAGUUUUUCUUUUUUGUUGUGUUUUUAGGCUUUGUGAGGGAUCAGGGAAAAUAUUACGUUACACUUAAUUGUCUCAUAUGUGGCGUAAUUUUACCAGGAAUCGUGAGGAGUUUGAUGUUGUUAGCAGCCUCUAGGUUUAGGCUAGGUAUAGAACUAGAUUUUUUUAUUAAUUGGUUCAUUAGUUUUUGAGAUAUGAUUCGUUUUGUAUAUUACAAUAGGCGUCAAGCGGCUAUUUGUAGUCUUUUUGCUUUUACUAUUGAGCUUUUUGAUAAAGUAUGGAUAUUUUAGUUUUGAUUUUAUAGUUAUUCACGUGUCUACAUGAAAAUAGAAAUUGAAGCAUUCAUUUUAACUAGUUUUUGAGAAAGGGCCAAUUUUGUAUAUUGAACUAGGCAUCAAUGAGAUUUUGUCUUUUUGAUUUUGUAGACAAUAAGAAGGAUUUUAGGUUUCAUAGUAAGAUUACGGAUGUAUUUACGUUGACGUUUCAUUUGAAGAUAUUGUUGCUACUUUUUGAUAUAAUGUUAAGUUUUUUUGGUUUGGGAUCACUUUUGAAGCCUACUUCAGACUGACUUUCAAAUGUUUUUUUUGAUUGAAUGUAAUGUUGAAACUUUUCAGAAUCGUCUACUAAUCUACUACAGCGUCCGUCAAGGCCCAACGACCAAUCGAGUUCAAGAUCACACAGCGGACUUGGAUAGUACCCAGAUAACAUCAAGAAGUGUCAAGAAGACCAGGACAAAGAUGAUAUCAGAUGAAACCAGCCUGUAA